GCUAUUUCAAUGGGACGCUCGUUAAUUGUUAAUGACUCCCAAAAAAAGAAACGAAAAUAGGGAUCAAGAAUCCCAGAAGGGGGUGCGGGACCUGCAACACUGACAGGGGGAAGGAGGAAAAGGAAGCAUCAGUAAAGUAAUCAAAGCGUGUUCUUGUGAGUUUUAACUGUUGAUUUGUAAGAAACCGAGUUAGCCAGCUAGCUGGCUUUCCCUGCUCCGGUCUUCUCGCAGGAGGAGCUGGCUAUCCACAGACCGCCUUACAUGCGGUUUCUCCCCGCUGCGGUCUCUCGGCGAGUCCGCGGCGUAGCGUUACAGUGUCAUGAGAGGCUGCUUUUGUCUAAGGAGGAGGAACGAGGUGCCGAAAACAAACCCACCCGCCAUGCCUGAGGUGCGGGAGCUGACGGACGCCCUCUCAGAGAUGCCCAUGGAGCCCAUCACGGGGAUGGGGGUGGUGGCCUCGCGAAACGGGGCCCCCACCGGCUACGAAGUGGUUUCACAAACAACAGAUGGCGUGGACGCCGACCUGUGGAAGGACGGCUUAUUCAAAUCCAAGGUCACGCGCUACCUCUGCUUCACCACAGCCUUCUCCAGAGAAAACAGCCAUUUAGGGAACGUGCUGGUGGAUAUGAAGCUGAUCGAUAUGAAGGACACGCUGCCUGUCGGCUUCAUCCCCAUUCAGGAAACAUUGGACACGCAGGAGCCGGCCUUUAGGAAGAGGAGGCUGUGCAUUAAGUUCAUCCCGCGGGACUCCACCGAGGCGGCCAUCUGCGAUGUCCGCAUCAUGGGCCGGUCCAAACAGGCCCCGCCCCAGUACACUUUCAUUGGAGAGAUGAACAGCAUGGGGAUCUGGUACCGGAUGGGGAGAGUCCCACAGUCAGAGGAGCCCACCAAGACUCAAAGUCCCCCCUCCCAAACUGUCACCUCCAUCACCACCCCCGCACCCAUCCUGCCCAGGCAUAUAUCCAUGACACUGCCAGCCAGCUUCAGCAGGAAGAGCACCACCAGGCCAGACUACGAGCACCAGAACUCCAACCUGUACGCCAUAUCAGCAAUGGAUGGAGUGCCUUUCACGAUCUCAGAGAAAUUUGCCUGCGUGUCAAGCCACAUUCAGCAAGUGGAUUUAAUGGGCAUUAUGAUCAAAUCGCUGGCAGACAUUGAGAAGGAGUACGAGUACAGCUUCCACACAGAGCAGAGCGCGGUCACAUGCCUGCCCCCCAGCCCCACCCUCCUCCAGCCGAGCUCUGACUGCUGAGGGUCCCGGAGGGCGAGGAGAGCAGGGGGACUGGCCGGCCGGCCGUCCCAAACCACUAUCCAUCACUCCAGCAUCACACCUGUGUACUUAAACUUCAUCCUCUUACUGUAGAAACUAAGAACACUUUCAAGAGUAAGGAACUACCUGCCUGUUUGUGCUAGGAUUUGUAUUUUGUUUUUUAUCUCAUUCAAAAAAAAAGAAGCCAAGUGACUGGCAUAAAACUGGGAUUCAGUGUUGGAGAACCUUGUCCUGAAAGAGUAUAAGGAGCGACAGAGAGAGACACAGGGGCAGAGAGUAGGAGACGGAAGGAGAGAAACAGCGUGUUCAUCCUCAGGAAAAACUCGGGCACUGCAGUCACAAACAGUCCCAGGACAAGCCUGGUUUACUCUUGGGCUCUUCGGAGUAAAUCACCCUAGUGAUUUUUUACUACAACUAUUUCCUAGUUCUCAGACACUCUGCCCCUCCCUGGCUCACUCUACCUGUUCUCGGCUCUCUGUGGUUGUUCAGACUGGCCUAGCUCCUGUGAAAGCAGAACCGCCUGCCUGUGGUAACGGCGAGACCGGGCGUGCUGGUGCCAAACACGGAGCUGCCGUUUAAUGCCAGCACCGAAUUGCCUCCCUACCUGCGGCAGGUGUUACAGGGGUGUUCUCAACCUCCUUCGUCUGAUUUAAAAACCCCCAAUCCCACCCCACC